AUGGAGGCAGUGGUAUCAGCAGCGGUGUUGAUGGCAUUCGCUGUCCCGGAAGUGGUGUACCUGGCAGCGGCGGCAGAUGUGACGUCAUCCGUGGGUGCUCCGAAAGUGGCCAUAUGGCCGAUGGCAGCGGGCACAUUUGUGGGGAAGGUCCUGAUAAUGGAAAGCAAAGCAAUAGAUGUUAACCAACCUAUGAAUGCUCUGAUGAGACUGAAUCAAAUUAAACCUGGCUUGCAAUACAAGCUUCUUUCACAAUCUGGUCCUGUGCAUGCACCUGUUUUCACUAUGUCCGUGGAUGUUGAUGGAAAAACCUAUGAAGCCUCAGGACCUUCCAAAAAAACAGCCAAACUUAAUGUAGCAGUUAAGGUACUGCAGGCAAUGGGCUGCCCAACAGGUAUGGAUUUGAAGAUGGGUUUUGAAUCUCAGGAAAUGGAAGAAAAGACCUCAGGCGAUGAUAAGAAUGAAACCAUUUCUACAAAUUCUAGCAAUGACACAGUUGGCUGUGCUGCUGCUGCUAGUACCAAUACUCUGGAG